AUGGAUCCUUCUUUGGUAACCGAGAGGGGACUUCUUUGCGACCGAAUGAUUGAACAAGUUGAAGAAAAAGAGCAAUAUCCAUGGAUUGCAGUACCUGAUGACUUGAUGGAGAAAAUUGCAUCACGUGUUGCUGAGUUGAGCGAAGAAGAAAAAGCAGAUCCUAAGAGUCAUCCGUUAGAAGCAGGGCCCAGAUACCAAACGAAGGAAAGUAAAGGAAACGAAAAUCUAGUUACAAACGAAACGACGUCGGGCAGCCCAUGGUCAGAAGAAAACUCCAGCAAAUUCAUCUUGAGGAAGAACGGCUACAUAAUUAAAGACAAGCUGGUAAUCCCACCAAAUCCAUUACCGGAAACAUUUCUGUUUUCUGGUGAAACAAUGAGCAGAAUUGUGCUGAGGAAAUUGGGCUAUACAUUCACCGAUGAAAUCACACCAGAAGAAACUGAUAUACAUGAGGAUAACAACUUUGUAUAGAGAUUUUCGAUUGAAACUGCAGUUGUUGAC